AUUGAUAUUACUUCGACAUCACCGCAGGCGUUGCUGAACCGAUGCCGAACCGACGGUCAACACAAAUGUAUCUCCGACAGACAUCAUACGCACGAACUAGUUCUCAUCUGCAACCAUGGCCCACAGGUUCACUCAAGAAUAUUUCCAGAUUCCUGCCGUUACCAGAGCUUAUACUACAGCUUGUGUCCUGACAACAGCUGCCGUGCAACUUGAGGUCAUCACCCCCUUUCAGCUUUAUUUGAACCCGGACCUUAUAAUAAGAAGAUACCAGGUUUGGCGUUUAAUCACAAAUUUUCUUUUUUUUGGCUCACUUGGUUUCAGUUUUUUGUUUAACAUCAUCUUUCUUUAUCGUUACUGCCGCAUGCUGGAGGAGGGAUCUUUUCGUGGGCGCACUGCAGAUUUUGUAUGUAUGUUCCUAUUUGGAGGUGUCCUCAUGACUUUAUUUGGCGUCUUUUCCAACCUCUUCUUCCUGGGCCAAGCCUUCACCAUCAUGCUAGUGUAUGUGUGGAGUAGGAGGAACCCUCACAUACGCAUGAACGUCUUUGGCCUUCUUAACUUCCAGGCACCCUUCCUCCCCUGGGUGCUCAUGGGAUUCUCACUGCUUCUUGGAAACUCUGUUGUGGUCGACCUUCUAGGAAUCGGAGUUGGACACGUGUACUACUUCCUAGAGGAUGUGUUUCCGAAGCAGCCUGGAGGCAGGAAGCAUCUAACGACGCCUGAACUCCUGAGGACCUGGCUCGAUAGCCCAGACGAGGACCGUGGGUACUCUCCUCUACCAGAGGACAGAGAGCAGGACGGAGAGUUGUGGCAAGACCAAGGUGGUGAGGAAGAGCCCAACGAGUAGCAGCAUGAGUACAGCCUUCCUAAACACUAUGCCCAGGGAUAUUCUCCAUGUCCUCUCAUAGUAGCAAAGAACAUUGGGAUAAUCAGGUUACAUUCUCAUGAAGAAUGGUGAUUUAAAGGAGGAUGCGGUGACUACUGUAGUUUGCUUACAGUAAGCUAUGUAACUUCAGAUAGCAGACUUGACCAACAACAAUAUAUUAUACUGUUGUAUUUCUAAACAUUAUUUGUCUCAUUAUAUUUGAGGUGCCAAGGCAGAUUGUGCUCAUUGUAUACAUAAAAUCGAAUUUCUCGGUGUCCAAUAGCAACAAAAAUAUUAUUACCUAGAUGCAGUAAUAUCAUUUCAUAUUGGUUCUUGGAAAAUAGAACAAUAAAAAAUAAGUGUUUCAGUGGAUUUAGCUUCUAGCCAUUCCCAGUGAGGUCAAUAUACAAGGCCCUCUGGUUAUGCUGAACUCAUUCGUAAAUCUGCCGACUAUUUGGAAUUCUAUUACCUAGAGAACCUGCACGGUCUGCGCUUUUCAACGACUGCCUUUGUGGUUUGACACACUCGGGCCAAAAUAGAAACAGUUUAGCACAACAACACAAAACUGGGUCAAAAGGAAUGUUGUAAGCAUGACCCAAGCAUAUAAUACUCUACAAUGACAUGGAGGAAAAACAUUUUUCAUUGGUUUUAAAUAAUUAAAACAAUCAGUUAAAAAAUAAUUACAAUUGGAAGGUAAUCAAAAUCAUUUACUAAUUUUUUUUUUAUUAUUCAAAUGUACAAAAGGACAACAAAUACAACAUAUAUUCUCUGAGA